CCUUUACGCCAUAUGCGUACGACAGCGUCCCUUAAAAAAUCGCUUCUGUCAUACAACCAGGAAGGAGGUGGGAUAGCCGUGCAAAGCUAACAUCCCUGUCUUUUCGCUAUUCUUUUGCCGAAAAUAAUGGGGUCUUCCAGGUGGAAGAUUGCAGUGGCGGUGCUUUUCGUAGUAGAGUGUUCACUAUUAUCUGUGGGGGCAGAUGAACACGAGCAUACGUACGUAGACAAGGAGGAGGUGGUGUUAUGGAUGAAUACGGUGGGGCCUUACCAUAACCGACAAGAGACGUACAAGUACUUCUCCUUGCCCUUCUGUGUGGGCACCAAGAAGACCAUCAGUCAUUACCACGAGACUCUUGGAGAAGCUUUGCAAGGAGUGGAGCUGGAGUUCAGCGGACUAGACAUAAAGUUCAAAGAUGAAGUCAUGCAAACCUCAUACUGUGACAUUGAGCUGGACAAAGCCAAAAGGGAUGCCUUUGUUUACGCCAUAAACAAUCACUACUGGUACCAGAUGUACAUCGAUGACCUUCCCAUCUGGGGUAUUGUUGGUGAGGCCGAUGAAAAUGGAGAGGACCAUUACCUGUGGACGUACAAGAAGCUGGAGAUCGGCUUUAAUGGCAACCGGAUCGUGGACGUCAACCUGACAAGUGAAGGCAAAGUCAAGCUGGUGCCAAACACGAGAAUCGCUAUGUCCUAUUCUGUCAAGUGGAAGAAGUCGGACGUUAAGUUUGAAGACCGGUUCGACAAGUACCUUGAUCCUUCCUUCUUUCAGCACAGAAUUCACUGGUUCUCCAUCUUCAACUCCUUCAUGAUGGUCAUAUUCCUGGUGGGCUUGGUGUCCAUGAUUCUGAUGAGAACGCUGCGGAAGGAUUACGCCAGAUACAGCAAAGAAGAGGAAAUGGAUGACAUGGACCGCGACCUGGGCGACGAGUACGGCUGGAAGCAGGUGCACGGGGACGUGUUCCGGCCCUCCAGCCACCCCAUGCUCUUCUCCUCCCUGAUCGGCUCCGGCUGCCAGAUCUUCUCCGUGUCCUUCAUCGUCAUCAUCGUGGCCAUGAUCGAGGACCUGUACACGGAGAGAGGAUCCAUGCUGAGCACGGCCAUUUUCGUGUACGCCGCAACCUCUCCCGUCAACGGCUACUUCGGGGGCAGUCUGUAUGCAAAGCAAGGAGGCAGGAGAUGGAUCAAGCAGAUGUUCAUCGGGGCUUUCCUGAUCCCCGCCAUGGUCUGCGGCACUGCCUUCUUCAUCAACUUCAUCGCCAUGUACUACCACGCGUCCAGAGCCAUCCCCUUCGGCACCAUGGUCGCCGUCUGUUGCAUCUGCUUCUUCGUCAUCCUGCCGCUCAACCUGGUGGGAACCAUUCUGGGGAGGAAUCUGUCCGGCCAGCCUAACUUCCCCUGCCGGGUGAACGCCGUGCCCAGACCCAUCCCCGAGAAGAAGUGGUUCAUGGAGCCGGCGGUCAUCGUCUGCCUUGGAGGAAUCCUGCCGUUCGGAUCCAUUUUCAUUGAAAUGUAUUUUAUCUUCACAUCUUUUUGGGCCUACAAGAUCUACUACGUGUACGGCUUCAUGAUGCUGGUUCUGGUGAUCCUGUGCAUCGUGACGGUCUGCGUCACCAUCGUGUGCACCUACUUCCUGCUCAACGCCGAGGACUACAGAUGGCAAUGGACCAGCUUCCUGUCUGCAGCGUCUACCGCUGUAUAUGUUUACAUGUACUCCUUUUACUACUAUUUCUUCAAAACAAAAAUGUACGGGCUUUUCCAGACCUCCUUCUACUUUGGCUACAUGGCAGUGUUCAGCACCUCCCUGGGAAUCAUGUGUGGUGCCGUUGGCUACGUCGGAACAAGUGCCUUCGUGAGGAAGAUCUACACAAACGUGAAAAUCGAUUAGGACCGGGAGAUCUGACCACGGGCAUCCUGACCAAGGCGGCGGGCACAAGUCAUUCUUUUUUUUUUUUUAUCUCCCUUUUCUUUUUGCAAAGAGAUUUCAUAUAAUCUCACUUUGUACAAUGUCUUCUUUUCCCCAAAUGUCUUCUUUCCAGAAUGAGUUUCAAUGCCGCAACACAGGUGAAUACGGGCGGAUGCGUGGCAAGACGCGAAACAUUGGUUCUGUUUUUAAUCAAACGAUUUGAAACAAAUGUUGGGGCAGAUGUUUACGGAUGUGGUGAUUGCUCCUUCCAGUCCCUCCUGAGACCUGAGAACAUAGAUCUUUAUUAUUGAUGGAUUAGUCUCGCUCUCUUCAGUGAAGAGGCCUAAGUGUAUCGAAAGCCUUUGUUCUAUUGUACUGGAACAUCGGAGAGGGAGGUUUGUGUCUGUGCUCGGACUUGAUGCUAUUUUGUAUUACUGAGUCACACUGAAUAUGGUUACUAUUGUUUUUUCGGUCUCCUCACGCUCUUACCGUAAAACGACGGGGGAGUAAAUGCAUAGGUUGGUAGAAGAUGGUACAGCCACAGCCGAGAAACGCCAUGCAUCCAACCUCAAGGAGCUCUCGUAACCGUCCCAACACACCUUACGUUCUUUUGACAAUGCAGACUCCGUUUCAAUAUCUCAUCCGUUUUUUGAGGGAAGUUAUUUUUAGUCCUGCUGUAGUUUUUUUUUUUUUUUUUUUUUUUCACCUGCUCAAAACAAAUUAUUAAACAGAAGCUGAACUGACCCAACAGUUGAGGUACGUUUCAACGCAGAUUAUUUGAAAUGGAUGUUUUGACGUAGUUCCAUUUCCCCUACGUAGUCUGUUUUCUUAGUGUUUGGGUUUGAAUGAAGUCUACUUGUAAAGAUAAUAUAUGGAUAGGUGGGAAAAGUGUAUAUAACCAUAAUGUACCUUUUUAGAUGUAGAUCCCAAAUGUAUUUUCGUUGUACAGAUUUACGACAGGGUUUUCUUUUUUUCUUUUUUUUUUUUAAACCAAUCAUUCUGUUCUGGACAGUUCCUCUUUUAGUUUAGUGUUUGGUGCUUGGGGUCGGGCUGGUGGCGCUGUUACAUCCUGCCUGAAAUUGCAUGAAGUCUCCACCUAACGAUGCGCUCAUCAUACUCUACUUUGUUCCGCGCUGUUUGGUUUGCUCUGAGCAUCUCUAACCGGAGACAGCUAUGCGUUUGGGGUUUGUUAUUUGAGGAUGAACUGUAUAAAGAGGUUCGGAAAAGCCUGCAGAAAGGGCGUCUCCUCUGUCUGUGUUUUACAUAUAAUUUUAUAAGCUUUAAGAAGACUCUAAAACCUCUGGUAAGCCCCACACACACGUUUCGUUGCCUAACCCAAAAACAUCUUUGUGAAUGUCCAAAGGACUGGGAGCAGUAGUCUGUCUCCCUCCUGUAAACAUAUUGUACAGAGUGAAAUUAAUGUACACUUGAUGUUUUCAUUACCAGAUGCAGAGUGUUUCAAAUGCGUCCCAACUGUAAAUACAGUAUGUACCUUACAUGUAUGAAAAUUGAUAAUGCCUUUUGAUUAUUUUUUUUUUAUUUAACAUCCCCCUCUUCACUAAGUUGAUUUCUUUUGGCACCUCGUUGUGUACCAAUGUCUUUUAAGACAUUUCAAAUCUGCAUAUUAACUUGCUGUAAAAACAAAAUAAACAUGUUUAUGUACAGGG